AUGACUGCUAUGCGGUGGGAACGGGCGUGGCGGUUCAGCAUAGUUUUGGCGUUUCUGCUGGUGCGACAUGUAAGUACCACGGCUUUGAGUGUAAGCACGGAGAAACCCUCUACAUCAUACAAAAGCAGCGAUGAUAAGUAUAACUUUGUUGAUGUGGCGCAGCAACAAGGCGAAUUCUUCCAAGGUGAUACCGCUCAGACAACGCGUUACUAUACCUUGGGCGAUGUGGAUGAGAGCUUUUGGUUGGAACACCUAGGAGAUGACUUCAAGAAUGCCAUACACUUGCAGGUGGCCGGUGAAGAGCAAUGUAAUGGUGUCUUUAAUAUGAGCGAAAAUGGAUCCGCUUACAAAGUGCAAGAGGAACCCACAAACGAUCUAGUGCUAGAAAACGAAGUGAGUUUACCCACCCCCGAUGACAUAAAAGUUGAGAAAAAAAGUAAAAGCAAGACGAAAGGCGAAAGUAAGAAGUCAGGAAAGAUGCGGCGAAAAUCGAGACCUGCACCAAAGACUCAGAUCCCGGAAGAAAUUGCUGCAACGCCUAAGAGCGCUACCACAACUGGGGAGACGGGGGGUCUGGUAGAAUCCACUUCAGAAGCAUAUAUUAUUAAUGAGGACCAAAGCUACACCGAAGCCCCGUACAAAGUGGACUUGAAAAAGUAUGCGAAAUUUCAACAUAUUAACUUAAAAUACGAGCCGAAAGCUAAUACAACAACACAAACAAAAAAUAGUACCUUAUUAGAAAACACGGCAACGACGAAUGAGCCGAUUGAGGAGACACCUAUCGUCGUAAAUUUGCCUGAAUCAAAAAAAUUAAUCGAACUGGAAACGAGCGAUACGGCUGUGGUGGUGAAGAUACCGCCGGUAAUCUAUCAUAGUGAGCCUACUGCCUUUGCGGACCCAGACGAUUACACAGACAACAGACAAACAAAUACACACUCAUCAACAGAAACACACGCACACUCACCAACAGAAACACACGCACACUCACAAACAGAAACACAAAGACACACACACCCGCAAACACAAGCCACAUUACCGCACCCAGCAGAGGAGCCAGCACAUACUGACAACAGAGUUGACAAUGUACAGUACACUCAAUAUUCAUACCCACAAAUGACAUAUGAACAACAGCAACACUACCUUCAACAACACCUACAGCAGGCUCAAAAUAAACUCCAAUCACAACAACACCUACAGCAGACAAAUUUCUACCAACCCCACCAGCAAUCACAAUAUCCAGUGCAAAUGCAACAAACACAAUACCAAGAAACAUCACUACACGAUCAGCCAGAGCAGCAUGAAUACCAACAAUACUCAAAGCCAUACAUUUCCUCGAAUUAUUACUAUGGCGGCUCAUCUUCUUACCACAAUAAUGGCAUAUAUCCCACCACACCCACUACGGUCAGCAUUCAUCAUAAGCCCAAUGAACUAGAGUCCAACAGUAAUGGCAAAUAUUAUUAUAUGAUUUCUAAGCGCUCGGUCGGAAUAGAAAAAUCACCAGCAGCGCACGAAGAAGCUAGCGCACCAAAAACUCCACCCAAGCAGGCCACCAGUUCGGAGAAUAGCCGCGUCACCCGUGCAACUGAAGAUCUGUACCAGGAAGGCCUGUGA